GGUUCGCCAUAGGGCUCAGUUCCACAGUAGUUUUCAAAGCUCAGUCUGAUGAAGAUGUUACUCCUUCCGUAUGUUAUCCUACAAGUUUUCCACGCUGUCCAGGGGUACCCCAACGGUGCUCCCACAGGUGCCUGUGAGGAUAUGUUACCCCGGCAUGUAGGAGUGUUGCCUCAGCCUUCACCAGCUCCCUACUCCCUUCUGACCAACAGUAGAACUUUUGAAGCAGGCAAGCCUAUAACAGUGACCAUUAAAGGACCGGACUACAGGGGGGUUCUCCUUGAAGCCCGGACAGAUGGCAGCACGAAUGCCCUGGGGAGCUGGAGUCUUCCUCCUCCCGACACAAAAUUCCUUCAGUGCACAGGGAAUCCUCAAGGUGCCGUGACUCAUGCCAACACCAACGUGAAGGGAAACAGCACUGUGUAUAACUGGGUACCACCAAGUAUUACGAGCCCUGUUUACUUUGUUGCUACAAUCGCACAGCAGCGCACAGUUUACUGGAUAAAUGUGAGGUCCGCCACCCUGACUCGUGGAACAACAGCUGGCCUUGGUCUGGCUACGGAUGCAAGUACCACAAUGGCUGAACAGAAAUCUUUCCUUCUCUUUGCGACAUGCUUUUUGGUGUUACAGCUUCUGGGUUAAAUAAGAAUCAUCUUUGCCAUUCUGUGUUCACCCCUUUUAAAAAUGAAUAAAAUAAAUAAAUAAAUACUC